AUGGAUUCCCCGAUCGACCCUCUAAUCAUUGCUAUCGCCGGCCCUCUUCCCCCUGACGUUGACCUCAGUGCCAACACUGCGGCGUCCGACAGAGCCGCUAUAAUCAGUGUAUUGAUACUCGCGCUGAUCGCCAUCGCACUUCGAUUUACUGCUAGAAAUAUCCAGCAGACCAAGAUACACUGGGAUGACUGGGUUAUCAUCAUCUCUAUGGCGCUCGUAGGGGGAACUGCAGCUUUGGCUAUAGCAGGUGGUCAUUACGGUGCAGGUAAGCACAUAUGGGCUGUCGACCUAGUCAGCCUAGAACAGAUCUACAAGAUACUAUUUGGAUACACGUUUUUAUACUCUGCAUCCUGUGCCGUCAUCAAGAUUUCGAUCCUGCUCUUCUACAGCCGCAUUUUCCUUUCCACGGAGCUUCUCUUCGCCCUUUCCAUGAAGUUUGGGUACUUCCUUUCGAUAUCGUAUCCCAUUGUGGUUUGGGUCACUAUGGGAAACGUCUGUCGACCGUUAGACCACUUUUGGACACAGUUCGCGGGCACAGAGGGGACCUGCAUUGACAUCAAUACGUUCUUUCUCGCCCUUGGUAUCAUCAACAUGAUCAACGAUUUUUAUAUCCUUCUUAUACCUAUACCGCAUAUCUUCCGGCUACAAAUGUCACUACGGAAGAGGGUCGGCGUUGCUGGUAUUCUUAUGUUAGGAGGUUUUGUCUGCGCUGCUAGCGCCGUACGCAUCCACUUCCUCUCUGAGCUUUCCAAGACCAAGGACGUCACAAGAGCCAUGGGACCCGUCUUCAUUUGGUCUGACCUCGAACCGUGUAUUGCAAUUGUAUCCGCAUGUCUUCCGCACCUUGCGCCGUUGCGACAUAUCAUUCGAGACAAGAUCUCUUCAACGUUGGGCAGCCAAGAUGCAAAAGGAACAGGGACUAGCUCCAAGCAGUGGAAGAGUGCUGCGUCGAACCCAAAAGGGCCUAUGUUUACAUACGGAGGGUCCAGGUACUUCGGAGGAGGCGAUAAGCUUAAGCUUGCAGAUCAUGAUGAUGAGGCUGAGCUGACCAACCGGAUAACGGGUGGCGAGACCUUGGGUCACACAGCCUCUACUCAAUCGAGCUCAGCAGAGAAUGUCAACAAACAAGGUAUUCAUGUCCAUACGAGUUAUACACAGCAAACAGAGGAAAGAUGA